GUGAGUAGCAGUGUGCGUCGUGACGAUACGCGGAAGUAAGAUGGCAGCGUCCUUGACAGGCAUGUUUUGUUUAUAGUGAAGUGAGAAACAUGCCCGACAGUUGUGGAUUUAACGAGCUGCUCGACUGACAAGAGAGGAUUCCCGGAGCGGAGCAUGGAGAGGAGAGAGUUCGUCGCGUCCCUGGUGGCAGGAGGCUGUGCAGGGAUGUGUGUGGACCUGACCCUCUUCCCCCUGGACACCAUUAAGACAAGACUGCAGAGUCAGCAGGGCUUCUACAAGGCAGGGGGCUUCAGGGGCAUCUACGCUGGAGUCCCAUCUGCUGCUGUCGGCUCCUUCCCUAAUGCCGCUGCUUUCUUUGUCACCUACGACUGCACAAAAUCCCUGCUCGGCGCUGGCGGAGUGCUUGCGGCACCACACUUGGCACCUGUCACUCACAUGCUGGCCGCCUCCCUGGGAGAAAUAGUGGCGUGUCUGAUCCGGGUACCCACAGAGGUGGUCAAACAGAGGGCCCAGGCCUCCCCAUCAUCCAGCACCUACUGGAUCCUGCUGGCCACAGUCAGAGAAGAGGGCGUCCGAGGCUUGUACAGAGGAUUCAGGAGUACAGUUCUCAGGGAGAUCCCGUUCUCUCUUGUGCAGUUUCCACUCUGGGAAUAUUUAAAGACUCUGUGGUCGUGGAGGCAAGGUCACACGCUCUACUCUUGGCAGGCUGCAGUGUGCGGAGCCUUUGCAGGUGCGGUGGCUGCAUUUGUUACCACUCCUCUGGACGUGGCGAAGACCAGGAUCAUGCUCGCAAAGGCUGGGUCGACCACAGCGAGCGGCAACAUCCCGCUGGUGCUGUACGACGUGUGGAGGAGCCGAGGCCUCACAGGUCUGUUUGCGGGCAGCAUACCGAGGGUAACCUUCAUCAGUGUGGGUGGUUUCAUCUUCCUCGGAGCCUAUGAGAAGGUCCGCCACACUCUGCUAUAGCGGCACGUCGUCUGUGGCCGUCCCGAGUCCUGACCUGGUGGAGGGAACAGCAGGGAGAGCUUCUCCGGAAGUAGCACCCUCGUCCCCGUGAGUCCCCCCCGCCCCCCUCACCUCCAUGCCGCUGGGCCCCUGUGAAGCGUGGAACACCUGGUGCUCGGGCGAAGAGUUGUCCGCGCGGGCCUGAUCGCGUUACCCAGGGUGCCGCAUUCCUGCUCAUCAAUGCCCUGCAGCCUGAGCUCACACUUCCGUAACAGCAACCACGGGUUUGGUGAAAAUGACGAUGCCUCCUUACUGUUUAAUGUGUGUGUGAGAAUCAAUAAGUUAUGGUAUUAAAGAUGGUCUCUUUUUA